AUACAAAAAAUUCAAAGCCCAUCCAUUCAUGCAGUUAUGCUUAAAAAGUACAGACUUCACAUAGUAAAGAAAAACAACUAAUGUGUGCAAAGACGUUUUCUAAUUAUGUGAACUCACUGACAAACUCUUGCCUUCAUGUUUCAUACCUAUGUUGCAAGAGUAGCAUGUUGUGGGAGUUCGCACAAAGGAACUGGCACCGAAGACUGGUUUUCUUUUGUUGACGUGGGUGAGUCUGAUCACGCGUCAGAUAUGUACACUUUGUGCAGGAAAACUGUACAGGUGUCACCACAGCUGGCUUGGAGGUGUGUCUUUAAUGUUUUGAUAAAACCCUUAAGGGCGUUAGAAACCAUCUCUAUGAAAAACCUGUUUCCUUUCUAACUGCUGCCUGAAAUGCUCCUGGGAGGGGUUGAGGUGAGGUUCAGGCUUAUAUAAACGAAGAUGAGCACAGCAGGAGCACAUUGAUCCUGUUUUGAGACGAAGACACUGACACAUGGAAGACUUGAGUAUUCACCAUGUUAACUUGGAAUUAUCUGAAAACCGGGAGAGACACCGAACAGGUGGCUUCAGCGCCUCCAAUUCUCUGGUGGUGCGAAGAGGAGACCCCUUCAGAAUCAGCGUCCAGUUUAAGGGCCGGCCCUUCAACCCCAACACUGAUUCUCUGAAGAUUGAUGUGAUGCUAGGUGGGCUGUACACAAUGAUGCCGGUCACUUUCUCAAGGAAGGAAUCAUCUGCACCUUGGAAUGCCUGCAUAGACUCAAACAAAUCGACCCCCCAGAACCUCUCCAUCUUCAUCUCCUCUCCUGCCUUCGCCUCGGUGGGCUGCUACAAGUUCCAGCUGUGUUUGUCCACACAGAACAACCGAGGGAGUUGUGUGUGUGGCAGUUUCGUUGUUCUCUGCAACCCCUGGUGUUCUGAGGAUGCUGUUUUCAUUCCAUUUGAGGAUGAGAGGGAAGAAUACGUCCUGAGUGACUCUGGUUUGCUGUUCAUGGGGACCCCGAUGAAUCCUGUGUCGAGACCAUGGUCCUUUGAUCAGUAUGAGCCUGGUGUUUUGGAGGCAUGUCUGGAUCUGCUCCAAGUCAGCCCACAGCACCAGGUGAACAGAACCAAGGACUACCUGAAACGAAACAACCCCGUCUACAUCAGCCGCGUUGUUUCUGCCAUGAUCAACUGUGAGGAYGAUCGUGGCGUUCUGAAAGGAAACUGGUCUGAAGACUUCAAAGAAGGUGUCCAUCCCUCCAAGUGGGCAGGAAGUGGGGACAUCUUGAAACAGUGGGCAAAGUUUGGUUACAACCCAGUCAAGUACGGACAGUGCUGGGUGUUUGCAGCCGUCAUGUGCACAGUCAUGCGAGUUCUUGGCAUUCCUUGCCGUGUUGUCACAAACUACAACUCUGCUCACGACACCAACGCCAACCUGGUGAUCGAGGAGCACUACAGCGAAACGGGGCAGAAGCUGAACUACAGCAAAGACAGCGUUUGGAACUUUCAUGUGUGGGUGGAGUGCUGGAUGACUCGCAAAGAUCUGGGCUCUGAUAUGAAUGGCUGGCAAGUUCUUGAUCCGACUCCUCAGCAGAGGAGUGAAGGAGUGUUCUGCUGUGGCCCGGCUCCCGUCAAAGCAAUAAAAUACCAGUGCCUGGACCGUCCUUUUGACAUUCCAUUUGUCUACGCUGAGGUGAACGCUGCCGUGCACACCAUCAUCUGGAGCCAGGGUAAUGUGGUUAGCUUCAGCACAGACACAGAGAGAGUCGGAUCCUUCAUCUGCACCAAAGCUGUUGGCUUCCCRAGAUUGCAGAACAUCACAGGAGAUUACAAAUCCAUCAAAAGCUCAUCUUCAACACUUUCAUCCAGAAGCUCCAUAGUUUCAGAUGAUUCAACAUUAAGCAGAGGAGCCUCCUCCCAGAGAGUGACAGCCUUCUUGACUCUGGAUAAAUCUCCGGUGGCCGGGGAGCCCAUUCGCUUCACAGUGAAGGUCGUGAACAGGCAGCGGGUGCCCAAGAAGCUGAUCGUGCACCUUAACGCUCAGGCUAAAGAGUACAACCACGGUCCUUCUGACGCCUUCUGGGAAAACCAUGGUGUCAUGCAACUGGCACCCAUGGAAGUCAAAGUGCUGCAGCAGCAGAUCCACCCAGCCCAGUACAAGAAUGUUCUGGGAGAUAAUCUGAUCAACUUGGCCGUUGUUUUGGAGGACACGGCCACUCGUGAGCGUGUACUUGCUGCGGAGGAGUUCAACAUCUCCAGCCCAGAGCUCAUCAUAAAGAAAGACUCCAUUGUGCCAAACAAAGAGCAUUCCGCCACAGUAACUUUCAUCAACCUGUUCUCUCACCCAGUCAGUGGUGUCCUGACUGUGACUGGGGCUGGGCUAAUAAAUGGCAGGACUCAGUUCAGGUUGAACUCACUGCGUCCAGGAGGAAAAGUUGAGCAACGCUUCUCGUUCACCCCCAGCAUGAGUGGCGUAAAGAUGCUGCACGCCAGCCUGUCGCUGUCAAACAGCAACGUUACAGUCAGAGGCUUUAAAAUGGUUUCCAUCAACAGUGUUUAGAUGCUAUGAAACUUGUCAUGUGUUCUGUCCUCAUGAAUUAUAUAACUGUGAAUGUACAUGCUAUUUAUCCUGUUAUUUAUGUUUUUGCUAUUUAUUUUUAUGAGUUUGUUGAUUGUAAAUUAUGCUGAUACUGUAAAUUUUGCACUAUAAACCAAAACAAUGCUGCAAAAAUUAUCAAAAAUUUUUCUGGUUGUUACUUUAUUAAAAAAAAUAAAUAAAUUAACUAUG